AUGAGCGACGCCUUCAAUGCACUCAAGGGCCAAGUUGAAAUCAUGGAUAUGCUCUACAUGCGAAUGGUGGCUCAGUGCAAAUCAAAAUGCCUAGCUGCCGGUGCUUCCACUUACAAAGAAUCAACAGGCCCAGAGCUAAGCAAAGGGGAGUCCGUGUGCCUUGACAGAUGCGUUUCCAAGUAUUUUCUGGUCUUCGAAAGGAUAUCGACUGUUCUUGCAGAACGCAGCCAAAACCUUGCAUAG